GUUGGUUUGACGUCACAAGGAGCCAAACUGUAGCUGCUUUGCUGAUUGUUCCUCCACUGCUCUCCACUCCUUCCCGCUAUCUUCUCAGCAGCCAGUCGCCAUUCCCGCUGUCCAACCAAGGUACGAUCUCCAUUUGCUCAACGAAACAUUGGAUGUUUUUCGUUUUCGUAAUGGGGAUUUCUUCGUUUCCUGCUGAAUGCAAAUGAAUUCAAACACGUAGCUUCAAUUGGAGCUGAGGCCAGUUUAGUGCCAUGGCCUCUCUGAAGCUCUCUGUUUCUCUCGAUAACAACGCUUACGAAUCCAAGAAACGCCGCUGUGCUUUGACUUCCGUGGCUUUUACUUCUUGCACGUUGUUUCCUGGUUAUGUCAAUAGAAGUGGGGCGCCUAUCGGGAAGUCAUUUUGUGAAUUGAAGCAACUGAGGGUUCGUAAAUUGGAAAGCGAGUGUUUGGAUCCAGCCGAUUCUAAGUCAGAUUGCGUUCAGAAAGAUAAUGGUAGGAAGAAUCGUAUGGGUGAUGAUCGUAAUUUGAUUUUAGAACGCUCAGAUUUUCGAAGUCGUGAAGGUAGAACGAGUAUCUGGAGGAGGUUCCGGAGUGUGAAGACCGUUAGGAAAACUGUGAAACCGAAGAAUGAACAAAAGUCUUCGAUUGGUGAAGAAAAACGUGUCCUUAAUGGUGAAAUUUCCUUAGAUUUUCAAGAUGUUGCGACUGAAACGAGCAUUAAACAAUGCAAUCUGAUAUUAGAACAACUUGAGAAAAGCAGCGAUAGCAAGGCUUUGAGAUUCUUCGAGUGGAUGAAGCUCCAUGGGAAGUUGAAGAACAAUUCGAUUGCCUAUAAUUUAAUUCUUAGGGUUUUGGGCAGAAAAGGGGACUGGGAUCAAGCAGAAGCCGUUAUUUAUCACAUGCUUACCGACUCAGGUUGUGUGGUCAAUCAUCAGGUCUUCAACACCCUGAUAUAUGCUUGUUACAAGAAUGGACUUGUGGAUGCUGGAGCUCAGCGGUUCAGGACAAUGUUGGAUCAUAAGAUUCAGCCGAAUGUUGCUACUUUUGGUAUGCUUCUGUCUCUUUAUCAAAAGGGUCGGGCAGUUGACGAAGCAGAGUUUGCAUUUAAUAAGAUGAGGGAUCUGAAAAUAGUAUGCCAUUCUGCUUAUUCGGCCAUGAUCACAAUUUAUACACGCCUCGGCCUGUAUGACAAAGCAGAAGAUGUUAUUGGUUUUCUGAGAAAAGAUGGAGUGGUUUUGAAUAAGGAGAACUGGUUGGUUCUAUUGAAUGCUUAUUGCCAGAGGGGCAAUUUGGGUGAAGCUGAGAAAGUGUUGUGUGCAAUGAAGGAGGCUGGAUUUUCUCUCCACAUGGUUGCAUACAAUACGAUGAUCACUGGAUAUGGGAGGGCGUCAAUGAUGGAUAAUGCAGAUAAAUUGUUCCAAAGCCUUAGAGGACUCGGUCUUGAGCCGGAUGAGACAACAUAUAGGUCUAUGGUUGAAGGCUGGGGUCGAGCAGGAAAUUAUAAACAGGCAAAGUAUUACUAUAUGGAGCUCAAGAGGUCGGGCUUUAAACCCAAUCCUUCAAACAUGUACACAAUGGUAAAAUUGCAAGCCAAGCAUGAAGAUGAGGAGGGCGCUGUCAGGACUAUUAGUGACAUGUUACUGGUCGGCUGUCCAAAGUCUUCCAUUCUUGGGAUUGUUUUGCGGGCAUAUGAGAAAGCUAACAGACUCAAUAAGAUACAGUCGAUAUUGGAAGGCCCACUUUAUGAUCAUGUACUUAAAAAUCCGACAACUUGCACGAUACUUGUUACAGCUUAUGUCAAACAUUGCCUGGUUGAUGAUGCAUUGAAAGUUCUGAGAGAAAAACUGUGGGAAGAUCCGGUAUUUGAGGAUAACUUGUACCACCUCCUCAUAUGUUCAUGCAAAGAUUCUGGUCAUCUUGAGGAUGCAGUCAAAAUAUUUACUUCCAUGCCCAAUACUGCGACGCCAAACUUAAAUAUCUUCUGCACCAUGAUUGAUAUCUACAGUAAAAUGAACCUGUUUCCUGAAGCUGAAAAUCUGUACACUGAGUUGAAGACUUCAGGUGUCGAACUGGACAUGAUAGCCUUCAGCAUUAUAGUAAGAAUGUAUGCCAAGUCUGGGUCUUUGAAAGAAGCCUGCUUUGUUCUGGACAUUAUGCAGGCACAGAAGAAUAUUGUUCCUGACUUUUAUCUUCUCUGUGAUAUGCUCCGCAUUUAUCAGCUUUGUGGAAUGCAUGAUAAAUUGGCCACUAUGUACUAUGAAGUUUUGAAAAACGGUGAAAUUUGGGAUGCUGAGAUGUAUAAUUGUGUCAUAAACUGCUGUGCCCAGGCAUUGCCGGUUGAUGAACUUUCGAGGCUUUUUGAUGAAAUGAUUUGCCGAGGAUUUGCACCUAAUACCAUUACAAUUAACGUCAUGCUCAAUGCUUAUGGGAAGUCCAGGCUAUUUGAGAGGGCAAAGAAGGUAUUUUGGAUGGCUAAGAAAUGGGGUUUAAUUGAUGUUGUAUCUUACAAUACUAUUAUAGCUGCGUAUGGGAAAAACAAAUACUUGAAGAACAUGUCAGCUACUAUUAGGAAAAUGCAAUUUGAUGGCUUCUCCGUCUCUCUUGAAGCCUACAAUUGCAUGUUGGACGUGUAUGGGAAAGAAGGUGAAAUGGAUAAAUUCAGAAGUGUCUUGCAGAGGAUGAAAGCCUCUAAUUGUGGCUCCGAUCACUACACUUACAAUAUCUUAAUCAACAUCUAUGGAGAGCAAGGAUGGAUUGAUGAAGUUGGCCAUGUACUGGAAGAGUUAAAAGAAUCUGGAAUUGGUCCGAAUUUGUGCAGCUACAACACACUGAUAAAAGCAUAUGGGAUUGCUGGAAUGAUGGAAGAUGCUGUGGCUUUGAUCAAGGAAAUGAGGCAAAAUGGAAUAGAACCUGACAGGAAAACCUACACCAACUUGAUCACAGCCCUCAAAAACAAUGAUAUGUUUUUGGAGGCUGUAAAAUGGUCCUUGUGGAUGAAGCAGUUGGGAUUGUGAGGGCUGUAUGAAUGCCGACUCAUGGUUGUGCUCCUUUACACUUUGUUCCAUCUCCUGCUCAGAAAUUAAUGCCACAGAGAUGACUCUCGACAUUGCAUAACGGGGAGCAGAUUCAUCGAACACAUACAAGUUCUGUCGUGUGUUUGGUACUAUAGCCUUAUUAUAAACUAGGUAUGAUGUCUCUACUCUACAGCACCUUUUACCCAUACACCCUAAGUAGGAUGAGCUCCAUCUUUUGACUGUUAAUAUUUUGUAAUUGAUGUUAAUUUUGUUAUAAUUGGAAAAUACACUCAUUAUCUGUAUCAUCACCUCUAUACGAAAAUAUAGAAAGCCUUUUUACCCAUA